AGAAAAUGUUGCUAGUAGUAGGUGAGAUUUCGAACCGGAAAUUUGAAUAAUCUAAACCGAACCGGAUAAAACCGAGUUCUAAACCUUUUCGAUAGAAACCGAAUCAAAUCAAAUCAAAUCCCUAGCAGAAAACAAGAGUUGUACAACAAAUCUCGCACUUGCUUCGAUCACUGGGUAGAUCAAGAAAGUUCUCUGAUCGUUUUUGAUAGCUGGGAGACUUUGAAUAUCAAAACUCUGAUUCAGGAGAGACGAUGGAAGAACCAAUAAGAGAAGCUUCGCAACAAGUCUCUGAAGAAUUCAAAACUCUUGUUGAUGCACAAGAUCUCAAUUCCCUCAGACACUUGCAGCACCUCAUAUUGGGGAGGCUACAGGAUAGCAAUGCAGUUCUCUCCCAUUACAACGACUUUGCUGAGAGUUGCUUCGCUGACGUGUCAUUGGAGUUCUCUAGGAACACUCGUCUUUUGAAAUCCAUGAAAGCUGAUCUUGAUUACAUCUUCUUGAAACUAAGGAGCAUAAAAAGUAAGAUUAUGGCUACAUAUCCAGACGCAUUUCCAGAUGAGUCCACUAGUGAUGCUUUUGAUCGAAGACCCGAUCUUGAGCUGCCUCAGUAACUAACUAAGCAUUCACAAUACGAAAGAAACACCUUUUUCUCUUUGUUGCUUCUUGACAGAGAACUCCUCGUUUUUCAUUACCUUUAUCAUGUAAAGUACCCAUCCUUAGAUAUUAAGAACCUAACAGCAAAACUAAUUCAAAACUGGUCUUUUUAGUGUAGUAGUAUUAUUUCCUCGCCA